UGCGCGCGUGCGGCGGGGCCGCGGCGGGGGCCGCUGAGCCCGCGGAAGAUGUCAUCGCAGGGCAGGUUCAGGAAGGACAAGGAGAUCAUCGCGGAGUACGAGGCGCAGGUGAAGGAAAUCCGUACUCAGCUGGUGGAACAGUUCAAAUGCCUGGAACAGCAGUCGGAGUCGCGUCUGCAACUCUUGCAGGACCUCCAGGAGUUCUUCCGUAGGAAAGCUGAGAUAGAGCUGGAGUACUCCAGGAGCCUGGAGAAGUUAGCUGAACGAUUCUCUUCCAAGAUACGCAGCUCCAGGGAGCACCAGUUCAAGAAAGAUCAGCACCUACUCUCCCCAGUGAACUGCUGGUACCUGGUUCUAACGCAGACUCGUCGAGAGAGCAGAGAUCAUGCUACCCUGAAUGACAUUUUCAUGAACAAUGUCAUCGUCCGGCUGUCACAGAUCAGUGAGGAUGUCAUCAGACUUUUUAAAAAGAGCAAGGAAAUUGGCUUACAGAUGCAUGAAGAACUCUUGAAAGUCACCAACGAGCUUUACACAGUGAUGAAAACUUACCACAUGUAUCAUGCGGAAAGCAUCAGCGCUGAGAGCAAGCUGAAAGAGGCAGAGAAGCAGGAAGAAAAACAGUUCAACAAGUCAGGGGACAUCAGUGUGAACCUGCUGCGACAUGAGGACAGGCCUCAGCGACGGAGCUCCGUCAAGAAGAUUGAGAAGAUGAAGGAAAAGAGACAAGCCAAAUACUCUGAAAACAAGCUAAAGUGUACUAAAGCCAGGAAUGACUAUCUGCUGAACCUGGCAGCCACCAACGCAGCUGUCAGUAAAUACUACAUCCACGACGUCUCUGACCUCAUCGAUUGCUGUGACCUAGGAUUCCAUGCCAGUCUAGCUCGAACCUUCAGGACAUACCUGUCUGCUGAAUAUAACCUAGAAACCUCACGUCAUGAGGGCCUGGACAUCAUUGAGAACGCUGUGGACAACUUAGAUGCACGGAGUGACAAGCACACGAUCAUGGACAUGUGCAACCAGGUCUUCUGCCCACCUCUGAAGUUUGAAUUCCAGCCCCACAUGGGGGAUGAGGUAUGCCAAGUGAGUGCCCAGCAGCCUGUGCAGACCGAAUUGCUGAUGCGGUACCACCAGCUGCAGUCUCGACUAGCCACCCUCAAGAUAGAGAAUGAAGAGGUACGAAAAACUCUGGAUGCUACAAUGCAGACUUUGCAGGACAUGCUGACGGUGGAAGAUUUUGAUGUUUCAGAUGCCUUCCAGCAUAGUCGCUCCACUGAGUCGGUCAAAUCGGCUGCUUCGGAGACCUAUAUGAGUAAAAUAAACAUUGCCAAGAGGAGAGCCAACCAACAGGAAACUGAAAUGUUCUAUUUUACAAAAUUUAAGGAGUACUUGAAUGGCAGUAACCUUAUCACCAAGCUCCAGGCUAAACACGACUUACUGAAGCAGACCCUGGGAGAAGGUGAAAGGGCUGAAUGUGGAACAACCAGGCCCCCAUGUCUUCCCCCUAAACCACAGAAAAUGAGGAGACCUAGGCCUCUCUCAGUCUAUAAUCAUAAACUCUUUAACGGCAAUAUGGAAACGUUCAUUAAGGAUUCAGGACAGGCUAUUCCGCUUGUAGUAGAAAGCUGCAUUCGUUACAUCAAUUUGUAUGGCCUUCAGCAACAGGGUAUUUUUAGAGUUCCUGGCUCUCAGGUUGAAGUCAAUGACAUCAAGAAUUCAUUUGAAAGAGGUGAAGAUCCCCUUGCUGAUGAUCAAAAUGAACGUGACAUUAACUCAGUGGCUGGAGUCUUGAAGCUGUAUUUCCGAGGACUGGAAAACCCUCUCUUUCCUAAGGAAAGGUUUCAAGAUUUGAUAUCUACUAUAAAAAUCGAGAACCCCACCGAGAGAGUGCACCAGAUCCAGCAAAUCAUCGUCACUCUGCCCCGGGCUGUCAUCGUUGUGAUGAGAUACCUUUUUGCUUUCCUUAAUCACUUGUCGCAGUACAGCGAUGAGAACAUGAUGGAUCCCUACAACCUGGCCAUCUGCUUCGGGCCAACUUUGAUGCACAUUCCAGACGGGCAGGAUCCGGUAUCCUGCCAAGCCCAUGUCAAUGAGGUCAUCAAAACCAUCAUCAUUAAUCACGAGGGCAUCUUCCCCAGCCACAGAGAGCUGGAAGGACCUGUCUACGAGAAGUGCAUGACUGGAGGCGAGGAGUAUUGUGACAGCCCCCACAGUGAGCCAGGCACCAUCGAUGAAGCUGACCAUGACAACGGCACAGAGCCACACACCAGUGAUGACGAAGUGGAGCAGAUUGAAGCCAUAGCCAAGUUUGACUACAUUGGACGAUCCCCACGAGAGCUCUCCUUCAAGAAAGGGGCCUCGCUCCUCCUGUACCAUCGGGCUUCAGAGGACUGGUGGGAAGGGAGACAUAAUGGUGUGGAUGGCCUCAUACCCCACCAGUACAUUGUGGUGCAAGACAUGGAUGAUGCAUUCUCCGACAGUUUGAGUCAGAAGGCGGACAGUGAGGCCAGCAGUGGACCCCUGCUGGAUGAUAAAGCCUCAUCCAAGAAUGACAUCCAGUCUCCGACAGAUCAUAUUCCAGACUACGGAUUUGGGGGAGUAAUGGGCCGAGUGAGAUUGAGGUCUGACGGUGCAGCUAUCCCUCGCCGUCGAAGCGGGGGGGACACGCACAGCCCCCCCAGAGGGCUGGGUCCUGGCAUAGACACUCCUCCUCGAGCAGCGGCCUGUCCUAGCAGCCCCCACAAAAUACCACUUAACAGAGGCAGGAUUGAGAGUCCCGAAAAGCGCAGAAUGGCGACAUUCGGCAGUGCAGGGAGCAUCAAUUACCCAGACAGGAAGGCCUUGUCUGAUGGCCACCCGCUGAGAUCGACUUGUGGAUCGACUAGACACAGUAGUCUUGGAGAUCAGAAAUCUCUAGAAGCAGAAGCGCUUGCUGAGGACAUCGAGAAGACCAUGAGCACAGCGCUGAACGAGCUGCGCGAGCUGGAGAGGCAGAACACGGUGAAGCAGGCCCCCGACGUGGUCCUCGACACGCUGGAGCCCAUGAAGAACCCGCAGAUGGGCUCCGUCAGCUCGGAGCCCGCCAGCCCGCUCCACACCAUCAUGAUCCGCGACCCCGACGCCGCCAUGCGGCGCAGCAGCAGCUCCACCACCGAGAUGAUGACCACCUUCAAGCCGGCCCUGUCGGCGCGGCUGGCCGGGGCGCAGCUGCGGCCCCCGCCCAUGCGGCCCGUGCGGCCCGUGGUCCAGCACCGCUCCAGCAGCAGCAGCAGCUCCGGCGUGGGCAGCCCUGCCGUCACCCCCACCGAGAAGCUCUUCCCCAGCAGCUCCGCCGACAAGUCCGGCACCAUGUAGGACGCGCGGCCGGGGCGCGAGGGCCGCCCUGGGCGUUUGAGAGCGGAACCGGCAGCUCUCCGCGGACUCGCCCGAAGCGGCGGAAAGUCAGAAUUGUGCUCAAAAAGGAACUCUCUGGAAGGAAAGCCCCGGCGUCGCCUGAGGCCUGCUGAGUUGGUCACGGCUGUGGACGCGACGCACCAAGGCCGCAGUGGAGCCGCGCGCGGAUGAGAUGGCAGUUCUGCGUAUUGGCACUGGAGAACACGCAUCCUAUGUAGAAGUAUAUAAAACAAAUAGUGUACAAAGUUUGGUAACUUUUUUUUCAAGUAGAUUUACCUCAGAAACUGGCUCUGAAAUGUCCUCUCUAGCGGUGUUUGGUUGAUUUUUGUUUCUUUCAGGGUAUUUGUGUGUGUGCGCGUGUGUACGUGUGUGGAGCAACUGUGCACCAAGCAAUACAGGGCCAGUCCCGGAAUUCCUGUUCUGCACCUCUUGGUGCUCAAAAAAGUAGAGGAAGGGAAGGGAGCGCGCUGGGCUGUGCUGGAGGAGCGCUCCAGGCGCGAGCCGCGGCUCUCCUCAGGCCCCGUGGAGUCCAAAGCGAGUGCUGAUGCUCCUCCGGCUGCUCCCGCGUUCCCUGCUCGGGGGCUCCCGCGGGCAGCGUGCGCAGCGUGCCCGUACCGCUACGUAACAGCUCCGUUCCUUCCCCCUCUGCGUAGGGGAAAAGCGAGCAAUGCCGCCCCAGGGCACAGCACCACGCUCCGCCUGCGGGUGGAUCCGCAAAGCCCCCAUUCCCUUGAAGGCUGCAAAGCGAACAAGGACUAGUGAGAAACCUGUGGUAAAGCAUAAAUAGGUUAACUUAUACAGUUUUGAGAUACUUCAUUUCCCUUUCCCCACAUGCUUUUUGGUUUUUAAAUAAUAAUAGUAUCUCGACAAACGGGACUCAACAGGCAAGGAGGCUUUGGUACAGUAACAUUCCUUUAUUUAAAGCUGCACAGCAGUACAUGAGGGUCUUGAUUCAGAUUGUGUCUUCUUGCAUGAAAAGCAUGAGCCAUAUUUGACCAUAUCAGAUGCAUAACCGGUCUGAUGGGGUGAUAUUUUGCACUUUCUGUACUGUACUAUAUAUUACAACAGUUUGAGUUUAUGCAAAAGAAAAUACAUUUUGUUUUUCCUCUGAACAUUUAACCCAGAGAAAAAAAUACGCAGAAAGACCUGGGGAUUGCAUGGUACUCGGGUAAUCGAAUCUCUUCUGUAGUUGCUGAAUACAAGACACUCCACGCUUCUCCCGUAGUUUUUUCUUUCCCUGCCUGCACAGAUUGCACCGGGGCCGGGCUCUGCCAGCUGCCCGGAGGAGCCGCGGGAGCAGCUGCCGGGCGGUCGGCGCCCUCGCCAGCGGCUCCGGUUCCCGCGGGAGCGCCGUCCCCGAGCGGACGUCGGCAGCCUUCCCGCCCCGCGCGCGCGUGCC